GCCUUCCCUCCGGUACUCCCGCAGCUAUGAUCGGGCAGAAGACGUUGCAUUGCUUCUUCAGCACCGCGCCGCCGAGAAAACGCAGCCGCUCCCCGGAGCCUGGCGGUGAUGCUGAGGUUACGGACGAUGCCGCCAAGAGGCCGAAAACCUCGGAUCAUGAAGCGGGUAGGGCCUCAGCGCUGAGCCCUGAGCAGCUGGAGCGGAUGCGCAGGAACAAAGAGGUAGCGCUGCGGAGGCUGAACGAGCGCAGCGUUCCUCCGGGCUUCGGGGAGAGCUGGAGGCGGCAGCUGGCGGCAGAGUUCACCAAGCCCUACUUCGUGGAGCUGAUGGCAUUCGUGGCCGAGGAGAGGAAGAGGUACACGGUGUACCCGCCCCCGGAGCAGGUCUUCACUUGGACACAGAUGUGCGACAUCAGGGAUGUGAAAGUUGUAAUUCUGGGACAAGAUCCUUAUCAUGGACCUAAUCAAGCUCAUGGGCUCUGUUUCAGUGUCCAGAAACCUGUUCCGCCUCCCCCCAGUUUGGAAAACAUUUACAAAGAACUGUCGACUGAUAUUGAAGACUUCACCCAUCCUGGUCACGGCGAUCUGACUGGCUGGGCCAAGCAGGGUGUGCUCCUGCUCAACGCCGUCCUCACGGUGCGAGCCCACCAGGCCACGUCCCACAAGGAGAAGGGCUGGGAGCAGUUCACGGAUGUGGUCGUCUCCUGGCUGAACAAGAACCUGCAUGGGGUUGUUUUCAUGCUGUGGGGAGCUUAUGCACAGAAGAAGGGCAGCUCUAUUGACAGGAAACGCCACCACGUCCUGCAGACGGUUCACCCUUCCCCUUUCUCUGUGAACAGAGGGUUCUUUGGCUGUCGGCACUUCUCCAAGACAAACGAGCUGCUAAAGAAGUCUGGCAAGAAGCCCAUCGACUGGAGAGCGCUGUAGAGCGUCAGCUCUGGGGCCUGAUGGGUGCAAACAGCCCCUGUUGGAAGGGCUGGCUGGUUUCUGAGAAACUUCUGCUGACCUGAGGAUUGUCCUCUGGAUGGACAAAAGGCCCAACUCUAAGAGACUUUUGGGUGUUGGUUUUUUUUUUUUUUCCAGAGCAAAUUGAGUGACUUGUCUGCUUUUUGAAGGGGUCUCAGCCUGGCUCGAGGCAAAGGAAAACAGUUUCAUGUUAAAUUGUUUGGUUUUUUUUAUGCUGGGAAUGUUAUUUGAGGGCCUCGUGGAGGGGUGUGACUCCUUGCAGGUGAAGCUGCUCAGCUGUUGUACAUAGCCUGCCUUGCUUCUCCCUCCUCCCCUGCAUCCUGCUGUGCAAGUCUGUGUCUCUUAGUGUGGGGGAGUGGAACUGGAGCCACCGGUGGUCCCCAUUGGAGCCACGGCUGACUUAAAGGCAAUGCACCAUCAGAAGCUUUACCUGGUGUGUCACUGAGGUUCCAGGGUUAACCAGGUGAGCUCCAUGGCACUGAGGGAGGUUCCUGCAGUUCUCACUGCCACUUCCAGCAGGGGUGCCUGUCCAUCGUGCUGCCAGGCGAUGGGCUGAAGGUUUCAGGAUAUUUACUAUCUUAAAUAUUAAUGCAGAGAUUCUGUGCUUUGCCUUCGUAGGAGGAGGAAAGUUAUUUGCUCUGGUGGCCAGAAAUCUGUUGGCUCUUCCUGGCUGAAUGUGAGAGGUCUGGCUGUCCAGUCCUGCUUUGCUUCCGUGCUUUCUUUUAACGAAGAUGCCUUGUUCAAAUGUCCCUACGUUUCUAAAACCUUGUUGUAUUUGCUCCAGGAGGUGAUGUUGUUUGGGUGGAGCUUCCUUCACAUCAGUUUGGUGUGUUUGUUGUUUUUUUUAUAAUAAAAAUCCUUUUCUUUA